CUGGCCUAGAUGUGCCUUUAAGGUAGCUAUUGAGGCGAUCCCCCUUCAGUGGACAGCGACACACUCUGGCGCCUAAACUCUCUUCCGAGAUUUUCCAUACUGGACCCCAUCUGCAGCUCCCCACUACUGAGUCAUCCCUUGGGAGCCCCGACUGCUAGGCUCUGCAUUUCUUGGGCUAAAAGGCUGCGGAGCUGAGAGAGAGAUUUUUCUGGACCACCACUCCGGCAGACUCAUUACCCUCACUAAGAGCAAUCCUCCUUGCGUGUUGGGGAUUCUCGCAGGACUCCCUCCAGCUCCUGUCACCUGCCCCCAUCCUCCGCCACCUGGAGGAGCCAGGAGGUUCAGGGUUGGGUACCCAGCCAGUGCUCUCAGAGCCAGGGCGGGCAGAGCAGCCUCACGUGGGCCAGCCCGGCCACCGGCGCUGGGAGGAAGGCGCGCAGAGUCCAGGGCAGCGCUGCGCGGGAGCCACGGCAGGAGCCACGGCGGAGCAGAGCAGCCCCGACCGGGGGACCUAGUAGGCAAUUUCCUACGCAGAGGGAGCGGGGCGGCGCGGCGGAGCAGCAGGCGGAUCUCUGGGCUCGGUGCGUGGAUGUGCCCGGCGCCAGAGCGCUGUCGGGGGCGCCUGAACACCUAGGGACCGAUGAUGCCCUUGGCCAUGAUGCAUCCCCAGCUGCUCUCUGGUCAUGUUCAGCCUGCAUGAGUGAGCCACCGCUGCUCCUGCUGUUUCCUGAGUGAGGAAUAUGGCUUUUGAUAAAGAGUUUGCUUGCUGCGGGAGCUGGGGCAGAUGGACGGAAGCAGAGCAGGAGCUGGUCAGGGAGGCCUGGUGGAGCUGAGGCCCCCACCCCACUCUGGGUUAAGCAUAGCAAGUCCUCUGCCUUCAGGAAACCAAUGCGGGCCUGGGUCCACUCAGCUCCUGUCCUCCUGUCUACUGCUGUGCAGAGGAUGUGGAUCGACUAUUCCUCACUUACCAGCAUACGUCUUUGCAGAGUUUGAUGGGGCGCCGGGCGGAUGACAGCGGGAACAGUUGUGAUCACUGGCGGAAUUCUAGCUACAGUGAUCCUCCUCUGUAUCAUUGCUGUCCUGUGCUACUGUAGGCUCCAGUAUUACUGCUGCAAGAAGGGCACAGAUGACGAGGACGCUGAGGAAGAAGAGGAAGAGGAGGAGCAUGACCUUUCCAUCCAUCCCAGAGCCCCCACCUGCAAUGCCUGCAGCUCCCAAGUCCUGGAUGGCAGAGGUGGCCUGGCACCUCUCACCAGCGAGUCCUGCAGCCAGCCGUGUGGGGUGGCCAGCCACUGUACCACUUGCUCCCCUUACCGCACCCCCUUUUACAUACGGACAGCUGACAUGGUGCCCAAUGGGGGUGGAGGCGAGAGGCUCUCCUUUGCCCCUACACACUACAAAGAGGGGGGAACCCCAUCUCUCAAAUUGGCAGCACCCCAGAGUUACCCGGUGACCUGGCCAAGUUCUGGGCAUGAGGCCUUCACUAAUCCAAGGGCUAUUAGUACAGAUGUAUAAUCCUUUCACCCUGAUCUGCACACACCCAACACUGCUGUCCCAGCAGGAGCAAUGGAGUGGUGGAGGGGACCCUCCAAUAGCUCUUCUCCUCCCCAACCCCCGCCAGAAACCAUUUCAGUUUCUCUGGUUUUCAUAGCAGAGGUUCAGUAGGAUGUGAACUAUUAAAUGCUCGAGGACCAGGGCAGGACCUGUCUCUAGCCCUGGGGCCCAGAGGUGGGAACCUGAUAAAUCUGCAAUG